CAUUGGCAAAGUGGUGUGAACCAUGAAGUGGGAGUCAAGUCUAGCCCAAGCCCCAAGAAGGGGACAGAGCUCAUUUAGAAACCUGAGAAGGGCUGAAUUCAAAGGGCCUAGAGCUGGAGCCGAAGAUCCUAGUGAGAACAAAGACUGUUCAUUUUUUGGACUCUUAGCUAUGCAAGAAGGGGUUCAUUUUGACUGUGUGACCUGGCUGGAGGGCUGAGCCACUGAAGACCUGCCAAGCAAGGUCAACAACUGAUAGGGGUGCCAGGAGCAGGAAAGACUGUAGUACUGCACCCAGCUGCAAGUAAGCACUCAAGAGGACUUUGGCUGAAGCAAAGUACCUACAUGGAGCAGCCCACAGUACAGUUUCAGUAUGAGGUGCUGCUGGUGGCUACGACUGGAGCUGACCCAGGCAGCUUCCUGGCUUGGAGCACAUUUCCAGCCUUCAACCACCUCCAGGAAGACCAACUGCGAGUUCCACUCAUCUCGACUAGAGAAGAAGACAAGAAUCAUGAUGGCAAAAUGGACCAAUUACAUUUUAAAUUAGAGCUUCCUCUACAAUCUACAGAACAAGUACUUGCUGUCCAGCUAAUUCUGACUUUCUCCUACCAAUUACAUAGGAUGUCAACAUUUGUGAUGCAGAGCAUGGCUUUUAUCCAGUCGUCCUCCCCUAUUCCAGGGUCCCAGCUUUAUGUGAACGGAGACCUGAAAUUGCACCAGAGGCAGUCACUUAGCCAUUGUGGAGUAGACAUCAGAUACAAUGUAUCUGUGAUCAAUGGCACCAGCCCUUUUGCAAGUGACUACGAUCUCACUAACAUCAUUGCAGCAUAUCAAGAUAGAAAUGUAACAACAGUUCUUUCUGAUUCCAACCCUGUUUGGUUGGUAGGAAGAGCAGCAGAUGCGCCAUUUGUGAUUAAUGCCACUAUCCGUUACCCAGUGGAAGUUAUUUUAUAUCAGCCAGGUUUCUGGGAAAUGAUCAAAUUUGCCUGGAUCCAGUAUGUUAGUAUCCUACUUAUCUUUCUUUGGGUGUUUGACAGGAUAAAAAUCUUCGUGUUCCAGAAUCAGGUGCUGACCACAAUACCAGUGUUGCCAGUUUCCUCUUAUAAACAGCACCAGUCCUGAGAAAAUACCUGAAAUGACUUUAAAGAGACUUAGGAUAAGAGAGUCUACUUAAUUUUCAUUCUCUUUAGAAUUCUUGUAUUUCUGAAGAUGGGGAACUUCGUAAGUUACAUUCUGGAUCAUGUUCUGUUAAUGCUACAACAGACUAGAGUGUCUGGACAUUUUUAUUUCUUUGUAUUUAGUAGCCCUCUCGUUGCUGUGAGAGAGCACUGCUUUGGGAUUGUGUGCUCUCACGUUUUUGACAGUUCAAGAAGAAUGUUAUCUUUUGCAAUAUGACUGCAUUUCAAAAGCCAUGCAAGCCAAUAUGGCACCUGUUCUGCUGAAAUCUAUACCACCUUUGGCUGAUCAGAUAUGCUUUUAAUUUGGCUAAAAUACACAAUAUAAUAAUUGAAAGCCACAUGGUAACAAUAAUUGUGUAAACUACUUGUACUGUCUUAGUUUUGUAUAUAAGGGCACCACUAAUCAGUUCCGAAAACUGAAGUUCUAUCAAGCCUUUCACUGUGUUGAGGAGUGAAAAUGGGAGGGGAGAGAUUUUAAAAGAAUGGGGAAGAGGCAAAGGCACACUUCCCAAGAGUUUGUGGUUCCACGUAUGCUUUCAUUGACCUGAUACAUGUUCCAAAAUCAUGAACAGGCAACAGUCCUGUCACUUUCUGUGUUGCUCCUUUGUUUUGAGGACAGAUGUGAAUUAGGUUUUAUUAAAUGCCAGAUAUUUUGAAAAUGCAA